AUGGCUCUGAUUUUUCCUGAUUCCAGUAAAUCCAUGAAACCUGACAGGAACACAUAUGUUAGCUCUAGGGGACCUGGUAAUGGGCGUAACACUGCCGUUUGUGCUGGUGGGAGUCCCAGCAGAAUGAAAGCAUUUGCCCUGUUUAUGCACAAGGAGCUCAGGUUGGAGAAAAGUGUAGAGGACAUAUGGGACAUCUGUGCUGGGACAGAUGGACACUGUAUGUGCAGAACCAGUCCCAAGCUCUCCAGCAGCCAUCACAUUGGCAUCUGCUGCAUUUCUGUUAUGCUUCAGGAGCUAAUCAAAUUGCUGCAUCAUGCCUGGUGCUGUGACGUUACCAUUAUCAGAAUUGGUACAUCACAGGGAAUAGGGAUUGUGCCAGGGUCUGUUGUAAUAACAGAUACACCUACAGACUCCUUUUUUCAGCCCUGGUUUAACGUAAUCUUGGACCACAUCAUUACCCAAAGUCUGGAACUUGACAAGGAACUGGUUGAGAAAUUAUUCAACCGCAAGGAAAUUCCCAACUUCCCAACCUUCACUGGACAUAUGAUAUGUGCCCAGGACUUUUGUGAAGGUGAGAAGAAUGGUUGAUUAGAUGGAGGGCUGAGCUCAUUUUCCAGAGAAGAAAAGUUAGUUUACUUGAAGAAAGCAUAUAAAGCCAGCAUCAGGAACAUUGAAACGGUCUCUACAGUGCUUGUGGCCUUGAAAGGUUUAUGUGUCUUGGAGGUUGCUGUGGUCUUUGUGCUACUUCUCAACAGACUUGAACGUGACCAUCAUGAUGUUACAGUCGAGUGCCAGCUAUGGCCUCAGCCUCUAAUCUCCAACUUCAUCAAACAACAGCUUGGACUUUGUGACCAGAUGUCAUAACUGGGCAGCUCUAGUUAUGCAAUCCUUCCCUGCAAGGCUGUAGAUCAAGUUGUAAUGCUGAAGUCGUAUAUUAUUUGUGGCAUUUUCCCGCAGUUCUCAUCUACAUGCUAAAAUCAUAACAGAGUGAUUUUAUAAAACCUCUUUCUCUUAAAAAUGAAUUUACUGUAAAAGAAUUUAAUACUUACGCAUUAAAUUCAGAUUUCAUUUUAGAAUAAGUUAAACAAGUCAGUCGAAUAAUUAAAAUUUUAAAACUCCUGGAUUGUGACA